AUGCGUGACCAGUUUGAACAAAAAAAACUUAAGAUUCCUGAGUUGAACUGGAUAGCUUCUUAGAUGCAAAUGACUCCUAAGGAUGAAGGAAAAAUGAAGCAUUCAUCUAUUCUCAUGAUUGAUACUUUAAAAUUCAAUUGGAUAAGAAUGAGAUUUAAUAUUUAGAAGUCUCCAUAUCAGAUAGUCGUGAUGUAGCACAAAGACUACUUUACUUAUGAAGGACCAUUGAACAAAACUUAUCUUUUGUAGUGGCUAAGAAAGAAAACUCAGCUAAUCCCUUCAAAUUUCAAGAAGUACGAAGAAAUAGAAGCUUAUAACAAUGAGUAUCUACACAAUAAAGAAUCAAUGAUUGUAUACACUGGGAGAAAUGAAAAACAAAAAGCAGAUUUUGUAAAGAGUGCUAAAUAAAUGAUCGAAAAGUAUCCCCAUCUCAAUUUCGGUAUUUAUCUUCACGAAGACAAUAAUUAAAAUAAAAAGGAUAGUGGAAACAACUAAUUCAAUCUUUACGUAUUUAAAAAAGAACUGGGGUAGAUAAAUUUACAGUAACUACGAUUAGGGCAAAUAGAUGAGAAGAAAAUUCUAGACUCAAUUUAAAAUUUUAAGUUCAACUCGUUUGUUUACAUCCAAAAUAGUCAUUAAGCUAAUCUAUUAGAAAGGACUAAAUUGAAUUUUUACUUACGAUGCGAUUCAAAAUUACCUUACAUUGGAUAAGUUUUAAAAGACUUUGAUAGGGUAGCAGAGGAAUUUCGAAAUGAUUUUAAUUUCUACACAUACGAUUAGUUUCUCUUUGAAGAUGUCGAUAUAUUUUUUGAUAAAGGAGACCACCACAAAAAGAUCAAAUGUAAUUUGUAUGUUUUCUUCAUUGAUAGGAAAAACAUCAAAACAUCAUACUACUUAUUCGACACUGAACACUAGAACAUUAAAUAUGAAUUAAUGAAAUCAUUUGUCAAUCAAUUUAAGUCAAUUAAAGUUACUGAAAUGGCCUAAUCAAAUUUGACAAUGGAUUAGUAUUUUUCCUUAGCAUUUGAUGAAAAUAACUAUCGAUCUGACAUACUUCGAAGGGAAAGCUGUAAUAAUUGCUAUUACCACAAAAUAUUCACCUCUAUUCUAAUAUUUGCUUUGGCAUUUAGCUUUGUUGAUGAAUUGAAAUGGAAUUAAGUUAAAGGAAAGAAAAUUAAUUGUAGUGCUAAUUAAAAAGAAUGA